AUGGGGUGCCGGGGUGCCCUGCUCUUCUCAUGGCUUCUUUGCAAUGUAGUUUGUGCCAAAGAUGAUUUCGAUGAAGCCCCAAGCUUGGAGCCCAUCGCUCAUCUCGCUCCUAUCGCUCCCCGACGGACACCGCCCCCCGACCUGCGGCCACCGGCGCCGGCGAUGACUUCGGGUGACUCACAUGAAGCCGACCUCAUCGGCGCGCUGGAAGAGCGCGCGCGGGCACGACAGAGGAGGAGUGGAAGCUUGAUGUCACGCUUCAUGCAUGAGUUUGCCAAGAACAUGAAGUAUGCCGUUCUCCAAGACAGCAAGGGUGAUAUGCCCGAAGAGGAGCGCCUUUGUCAACUUCGAGCCAUCGAAGAAGAACGCCACAGUGCCGCGAGAAACCGAUGGAGCUUGCUGCAAGUGCCACGAGUGGGACCCCAAACGGAGGAGAUGAUGUCAGCUGCAGAGGUGACUGAUGAGCCACUUGAUGAGCAGCUCCGUGCAGAUCGGAGCUUCGCCCCCAUGCAAAGCCUUUGGAUGAGCGUUGUCAUCCUGGCCAUGAAGGGCAUUAGCCUGAUGAAGCAACAGCCGCUUGGUCCUGCGGUCCACGGUCUUCAGUUGGAAGAGUGGCAAGCCCUGUUGAAGGACUUCAAGGCCUUGGUGUCCAAAGAGGAGAAGAUGCUAUGCCGCCCCAUGGCUGCCCGCUUGUCUGGCGAAGAGGUGUCCUGA